CAAAAGGAUACUUGAAGAGCAGCGGAUCGAGAAAUAUGACCUUGUAUGGUCGCGUUUUGAAUGCCGACAUAGACCUCAGUAAUAGUCACGCUACUUCUGUGUCUGCAUUUCUACUGUUUUACAUGAUUGACUAUGUCCUUCAAACAUGUCAAUCGAGCAAUAAAACUACGAGAAACACUUACUUGUUCAUAAGACUAAGAAAUUACUCCAUCUCCAUAAUCCACGCUUUUAUAUCUGGACUAAGUUCGCUUAUUUGCCUCAUUUCAUAUCCUGACCUAGUCGGUAAUGUCAUAGAUUCAGAGAACGUUUUCGCCUAUCAUAUUAUGGGAUUCGCGACAGGUUAUUUUGUUCACGACAUUUAUCAUAAUAUAUGUGGCGGUGUUGGACUAAGAUCGUUGGAGAUAAUAUUGCAUCACAUUACAGUUUUAACCUGCUUUUACGUUGUAUCUUGGUAUAGGAUUCUUGUUUGUUACGCAUUGUUUGGGCUUUUGAUGGAGCUAAACAGCAUAUUUCUUCACGCAAGAAAGUUAAUGAUAUUGCUUAACAUAGACCCUGAAUCAGUAACAUACCGCCUUAAUGCUAUUGCAAAUAUCAUUACAUUUAUCAUCUUUCGUAUAUGUCUUACACUGUCGUUAUUUGGAUGGGGAAUCAUUAACAGGCACAAGUUACCAGUUGUUGUUAGUUGGAUUCUACUUUCGAGUUUCACAGUAUUUACAACAAUGAAUUUAGUUUUGUUCUACCGUGUUAUCAUAGCGGAACGUCGAAUCUUACAAUUGAAUCAUUAUAAAACUUCUAUUAAUGGUGUAAUGAAAUAAAUUUAUUCUUCAGAAUUCUUGCUAAUGUCAUUUCAGCAUCGCCAUGGUAAUUGCUUAGCAGUUAACCAAUUUUAAGGUACCUUCUCACGUUUGUGUACGUAAAUGAGUACACCUUUUUUCAACUUAACUAUAAAAUUGUAAACACUGUACAUCACUUAACUUUAAAAUUGUUUCUUCACUGUUCUCUAAUUAUAUUCAUCUACAUGCAAGUGAUAUGUAAAUAAAUAAAUUUUCUUUUUCUUUCUUGAAGAACUGUGAUGUUUUUAGUUUCUUUUCUCUCUCUCUCUCUCUCUCUC